AUGAACCAUCAAGAUUUAUCGUUAUCCGGCGAUGAAGGCCAUUCUUCGUCCCAGAGGGAUAGUGUUUACGAUGAUGCUGGGUCGAUCCAUAGUGAGUCUUCGAUGAUUUUCGAAAGGAACGUCGAGGACCCGUAUUCGCAAGUUUUCUCCAAUCCAAGGCUUGCAUCGUUAUCUAGGUCAGCUUCGAAUGCAAACUUGGCACCUUACGAUUCGCACGAUUCGUUGCACGAUAACGGUUCGGGACUGUCUCUUUCGAAAUCCUCUUCGAGGAAGCAAUCGAACGCUGGAAGCUUUAUUCCACAUCAUACCCUUGAAAACUUGGUGGCACCGGCGUUAGAUGAAGGUGUGACUAUUGUAAAUGAUGAUUCUACUGACUUGGAGUCGGUGGAAAUGAUUUAUUCGAGAAGACCUUCCACUAUCGGAUUGGACAUGGCAUUGGGCAGGACAAGGACCAAUUCAUCAUCGGAUGCUGCCACUUUGAGUGGGAACAACUCUUCUACAACAAGACUGAUGAGGACCAAUAGUGCCUCUCAGGGGUCUGGCCUGGAAACCAGACCUAGGGUGUUACGUUUUUACUCUUACGCCGAUAUGAUAUCGGAUGAGAACUCUUCAUAUCCAAGAAGGCCUUCCAUAACACAAUCGCUUUCGUCGACCUUGUUGAGACAACAAGGUGCUGGUACGCCUACAGGAUUUGAUAGCCACAGAGCAGGAAACUCUCCUUCAAAUCAGCUGGGUUCACCAGAUUUUUCUAAUCCAUUCUUGAACAACCAGGCUAUAGCUGCUGCGGUAGCUGCAAACGGUGGGAACAGUGGACAGGGUGUUAGUCCCUUGGAAUCACAUAGAAAACUUUCCAACGUUUCCAUUCCACCACUGGCCGUUGCUACAAGACAUUAUUCGGGGAAUCUCGCGUGCCGUUCCCCAAAUACUAAUACUACAAAUGGACAUAGACUGAGUACUUCCCCUUUAAUGAUCCCACAUAACCCAAAUAGUGCGUUGUUGCGCAAGAGUAACUUUCAAAUAGAGUCCAGCGGAAGUGAAUGUUCCGAUGAUGAAGAUCCGGACCAACAUCGCAGUAACAGCAACAGCAGCAACAGCAACAACAACAACAACAACAACAACAACAACAACAACAACAACAACAACAACAACAACAGAAAUACACAGCAUCGUGGUUUAGAUCAUGAUGUAUCUAGUGCAGGUACACUGAACACCCCACCAGUAAAUCCUCAAGGACUUCGUUUAUCACGUACUUCUACUCAGGGAUCUGGUUUUAACAAAAAAUUCUCUCCUCCAGCGUACAAGACAAGAGCGUACUCCAAUGCUAGUGGAGUUUCACCGUACGCGAAUAACUUCAGUAGAAGCUCCGUGUCAAGCGCGAAUACCCAUAUACUGGAUGAUGUUUUUUAUGAUGAGCAACUUCAAUCCAAUACGGCAAGCGAAGUGGUGAAGAAAAAGUUGACUAACGAAAUCUAA